AUGCUGAGGAAAUCUGUCUCUAGACCUGCCAGCCGCGGCUUUUCCGUGUUGAAAAGCUUGAAAACCACCGAAAGCCCUAAGUCGACUCAAAAUGCUAAGCCUAACGAUCGCUUUAAGCCCCUGUCCGAUGCCCAAGUCGCCUACCUGGACCGUGUAGUAAGAGUUGAUCAGGCUGGAGAGCUUGGAGCAAACUACAUCUAUGCCGGGCAGUACUUUGUUCUUGCAAGCAAGUACCCUCACUUGAAACCCGUUCUGCACCACAUGUGGGAGCAGGAAAUCCACCACCACAAUACCUUCAACGAGAUGCAGCUGAAGCGCCGGGUGAGGCCCAGCUUGAUUACGCCACUCUGGAAGCUCGGUGCGUUUAUUAUGGGGUCAGGAACGGCCCUGAUAUCCCCAGAGGCCGCGAUGGCGUGUACAGAAGCCGUUGAGACUGUUAUCGGCGGGCACUACAACGACCAGCUGCGGUGCCUCAACAACCAGUACGAGCUAGAGAGAAACGACGGCACAAAGGGCCACAGCCAGGAGCUAAGCAGCCUAAUAGCCACUAUCAAGCAGUUCCGGGACGACGAGCUGGAGCACCUGGAUACCGCCAUUGAAUACGACUCCCACAAGGCUGUGCCUUACAUUCUCCUUACGGAGGGAAUUAAAAACGUAUGCAGAGUAGCUAUAUGGACUGCGGAAAGAGUCUGA